AAAUCACACUAACAUUUUCUGGUAGAGUUAAAAUGCCACGAAGGAUCAGCCCUCUCACAGAUGCCAUUUAUUAUGUCACUACCAAGAGUGACAAGACAUCUAAGCUAGAGGUGAAGUACAUAAGUUCAGAGAAAGGGCGUGGUAUCUUCACUCUAACUUCAUUUGACAAAGGUGAUUUUGUGGCAGAGUACCGAGGAGAAAUGAUUGAUUUCAUCGAGUCUCAAAGAAGGAGAAGAAUUUACCACGAUGCAUGUGGUGUGUUUAUGUUCGACUUCAAGUGGAAGGGAAAAACUUGGUGUAUUGAUGCUGCAAAAGAAGAUGGAUCUUUUGGUAGGCUUGUUAAUGAUGACCACAAGCACCCAAAUUGCAGAAUGAAGAAGAUUGAAGUGGAUAGGAGGCCACAUCUUUGUCUCUUUGCAUUAAAAGACAUUAAACAAGGACAAGAAAUUACAUAUGAUUAUGGAGGAACAGACUGGCCUUGGCGUAGCAAGGUUAUGGAGGACAACCCUGAUGAGAACAAUGUCCAAGAAAAACAUCCAUCACAGUCUACAUCUCUUCUGGAUCAUAAUACUGCUACUAGUGCAUCAGUGACUGAACAGGUUAUGGAGGACAACCCUGAUGAGAACAAUGUCCAAGAAAAACAUCCAUCACAGUCUACAUCUCUUCUGGAUCAUAAUACUGCUACUAGUGCAUCAGUGACUGAACAGGUUAUGGAGGACAACCCUGAUGAGAACAAUGUCCAAGAAAAACAUCCAUCACAGUCUACAUCUCUUCUGGAUCAUAAUACUGCUACUAGUGCAUCAGUGACUGAACAGGUUAUGGAGGACAACCCUGAUGAGAACAAUGUCCAAGAAAAACAUCCAUCACAGUCUACAUCUCUUCUGGAUCAUAAUACUGCUACUAGUGCAUCAGUGACUGAACAGGUUAUGGAGGACAACCCUGAUGAGAACAAUGUCCAAGAAAAACAUCCAUCACAGUCUACAUCUCUUCUGGAUCAUAAUACUGCUACUAGUGCAUCAGUGACUGAACAGGUUAUGGAGGACAACCCUGAUGAGAACAAUGUCCAAGAAAAACAUCCAUCACAGUCUACAUCUCUUCUGGAUCAUAAUACUGCUACUAGUGCAUCAGUGACUGAACAGCAUUCUUCAUCAGAAGACAGUGAUGAACAAGAUAUGUGCAUACCAAGGUUAAGGAGGACCAAAAGUGUCUUUAUGAAAGACUUAAUUCCUGAUGCUUCAGAUGAGCUCUUUGAUUCUACUCCAGACAGUGGAGAGGAAUAUGUCCCAAACUCCAAAGAUGACAGUGAUGAGAGCAGUUCAGAGAGUAGCAUGAUCGUUAAACCUUUAAAUUUGUGUCGGUCAGACACAGACCCUGUUCUUCCCAGCAGUUCUGUCCCUGAUAGCACCACCCCAAAUGUCAUGGACAAAAGCAGUCAUGAGACCAUGGAAGUAACUGAUCAUUCUCAAGUUAGAGACAGUGAUGUAGCUUGCAUCAGUCCAACGAAUGUUCAGAAAAAUGCAAGAGUAGUUGUAAAUUCAGUCAAAAGAAAACAUGAUGGUGGUAGGGUAUACAAUAAGAAACACUAUUGUCUGUUUUGCUUCAAACCUUAUAACAAGAUGGCAAGACAUUUGGAAUAUGUGCAUUCCACUGAAAAAGAAGUAACUGAAGGAUGCCAGUUUCCAAAGGGUUCUAUGCAAAGAAAAAUGUUUUUUAAUGAUCUUCGACACAGAGGCAACUAUGCACACAAUGCAGCUGUAAUGAAGUCAGGCGAAGGAGAACUGGUUCCGUACAGACAACCACAAAAUCAAACAGAAGGCACUGAAUUUAUGCAUUGUGCAUAUUGCCAAGGGCUGUUUACCCGGAAGGUUCUCUGGAGGCAUAUGAAAAGCUGUAAAUUGAGCACUAAAGAUAAAAUCUCAAGACCUGGAAAAAAUCGUGUCCAAGCUCUCUGUUCAUAUGCACAACCUGUAUCUUCAAACAUAAGCAAAGCAUUAUGGAAGACAGUAAGCCACAUGAAUCUAGAUGAAAUCACAGCUGCUGUCAAAAAUGACUGCUGCAUCAUUCAGGUGGGAGAACACUUGCUGAACAAAGGUGGAAUAUCUGCUAAGAAUGAGGCAUAUGUCCGACAGAAGUUGCGAGAGCUGGGAAGGUUACUGGUCAGUGGCAGCAAAGUUGCAUCUUUGAAAAGAAUGGAAGAUUUCCUAGAUCCACAGAACUAUAUGAAGACAGUUAAAGCUGUUAGACAUGCAUGUGGAUAUGAUUAUCAAACCAACACAUACAGAACACCUUCACUUGCAAAAAAACUUGGAAUAAGCCUAAUGAAGCUUAGUAAGCUUACAAAAGCUAAAGCUUUGAUUAACAAGGAUGUUGACUUGGCACAGAAAGUCACUGGAUUUCAAGAUGUGCAUAAGGAACGGUGGUGUGAUUUGAUCUCUGCAACAGCUGCACGAAAUAUAGAAGAAUUAAAGUGGAAUGCACCUACUGUGUUGCCAUUUACAAAGGACGUGCAAAAGCUUCACACCUUCCUUGACAAAACACAAGAUGAAUGCGUCAAGCAGUUAUCAUCAGUGUCUUCUACAAAAUACUGGUCCGAACUUGCCAAAACCAUUUUAACUCAAAUCAUCCUGUUCAACCGCCGCAGAGAGGGAGAGGUAUCAAGUAUGCCUUUAUCUGCAUUUUUAACCAGGGACACCUCUGAUCCACAUGCUGAUGUAGACUGGGCAUUGUCUGAAGUUGAGAAGAAACUGUGCAGACAUUUCUCAAGAAUUGUCAUCAGGGGAAAAAGAGGACGUCCAGUUCCUGUUCUACUGACACCAAAAAUGCUGGGUGCAUUGGAGUUGCUCGUAAAGAACAGGGAGACUUGUGGAGUGCUAAAGGAAAAUGUUUAUCUUUUUGCUCGGCCAACAGCAAUGUCGCAUUACAGAGGCUCGGACUGCAUCCGUAACUUUGCCAAGCAUUGUGGUGCAGAUAGUCCAUAUGCACUUACAUCCACAAAAUUACGAAAACAGGCAGCAACUCUUUCUACAGUCCUAAAUCUGAGGGACACGGAUUUGGAUCAGUUAGCAAACUUUCUUGGACAUGAUAUCCGAAUUCAUCGGGAAUACUAUCGCCUUCCUGAAAAGACCCUACAGCUUGCAAAAGUCAGCAAAGUGCUUAUGGCGUUAGAACAAGGAAGAGUUGGGCAGUUUAAGGGCAAGAAUUUGGAUGAGAUCACUAUUGAUCCAAAUGAGGAAAUGGAGUUAAACAGUGAUGAAAUAAUGAGUGAGGAAGGUGAGAAAUGUGAAGAACAUGAAGACACUCAAGCAGAUGUCGGGAUGCCACCAGUGGACACUGAAAUCGUGCACACCGUGGAGAUGAAUUCUCUUCAAAGGUCUUCUAAAGGUAAAACUUCUACUCUGAAAAAGAGGAAGGCUUGGGAAGUAAACGAGGUCACCGCAGUGGAGAGACAUAUGAAGACUUUCAUCAUGUCAUGCCGUGUCCCAGGGAAGUUGGCCUGUCAAAACUGCAUUACAGCUGAGCCUUUAGCUCUUAAAGAUAGAGACUGGCAAAGUGUCAAAUUCUAUGUCUACAAUCGCAUUGUAGCUUAUAAGAGAGAUCUAAACAAGAAUGAUUAGAUAAGAUGGAUAAUGGCACUUUUGGUACUUUUUCUAGUUCUUCUUUAAGUUAUGUUCCAUCUCUAGGCUAUCACGUUAAUGAACCAGUCAGCAUUUAUUUCAUAAUAAACUAACCAGGAGCAGAUCAAGUAUUUCAAUAUUUAUAAGAACCCUUACCUACACAUUGAUACUGCAUCCAAUCAAAUUUAUUUUGGCCACCUCCUUUCAUUUUACUGCCACUGCCUUUUGUUUGGGCAAUAAAAGCUCCAAUGUGCUGCCCAUUUAUUUGUUUAGCCUAGCUAGCUUGGCAAAUGUUGUUAAAUUGUUAGCUGCCACUUUUUAGAGUAGUCAGUUUAGGUAGAUAAAUAAAGAUUAAGGCCAUAUUCAUGUUUUGGAAAAAAUCCUUUCAUUUGUGUAUACUAAGUAAUGUGCAGUAUGCAAGGUUUGAGGUGAUUGUAAGGGUCAAAAUUUUUAUUUUGGUUGCUGAAAGUUUUUGAUCCAAAUACUUGAAUGCAAUUUAUUUGUAAUUAGUUAAUUAUGAAGUAAAUGCUAGUCAGGCCUAGCCAGUUAUAGAAUGUUCAGUGCUUGUUAUAGUAUGUUAUAGAGAAUACUCAUUUACUUUUGGAUGUUGAUGUAAGUGUAAAUAAGAGUUGUGCUUUUAACAGCUUUGUAUUACACUAAAUAUGAGAGUUUAUUCAUAGUACAUGUGAGCUUUUAGUAAAUUUAAUGAGACUUUCUGUUGACUUUGGCAGUAAAGAAGCUCAAGACUCAAGUUGUCUGUUAUGUUAAAUAAACAGGGCUUUUCCUGA